ACUACUAACACAACGAGCAGCAGCAUCCCGAACGCCCGUCGUACUCCCGUACUGAAAAUACGUCGCGUGCGUGCAUGGAAUGAACCAGUCAAGGACAAGCGGUACUGGAACGCGUUUGUCGUGGAUGCGCUAUUAACUUACGAGUGGAGAAGACCGUGAACGCACCUUGCAUCCAGCAGCAGCGGCCAUGGGGGGCCAGGUCUCAAGACACAACAACAAUCCCUUACGUGGUCCAGUUCCCAUUACGUCUCUUCCGGGCUACUCAUUCUACGAACAUCAUGCCGAAGAUUGUAUAGUUCCCUCCUUCCCAUCCACCUUGAGCCACCACCACAGGCCGCACUGCCAGUGUCCAUGCUGUAUUGUACCGUGCGCCCCGCAUCAGAGCAAACAAGCUCGACGCCCGACCUAUAAUCUACCGUUGGUCCAAGAGAGCGAGCCACCGCUUCUAUUCCACCCCACAACGAAGGGCUCCCAGAUCAUCAUAGACCAAUCACAGAGGAACGUCACUAGAAGAGGGAGCUUCUGCAACGCCAUUGUCUUUUGCAACAGAUCUGUGUCGGUCAAUGAGGUGGUCCGGUUGAAGAUCACACAUACCCACCACGCUUGGCAAGGUGCUCUACGUAUUGGUUUUACAAGCCUAGAUCCGGCCAGGAUGAACCCCAAAUCCUUGCCCAAGUAUUCAUGUCCUGAUCUGGCUUCUCAGAGCAACUUCUGGGUCAAACCUUUGCCAGAAGCUCUUCUCUGCUCUGAGACAGUCAUCUCCUUUUGGGUGACCAGGAAGGGUCGGGUGCUCUACCGGAUCAAUGAAAGCAUCCCCAAGAGGUUGUUCAGACAAGUUAAUUCCUUUCUACCUUUGUGGGCUCUUGUUGAUGUCUACGGAAAGACCAAGGGAGUCCAGCUUCUCGACAGCGAGACCCUACCGCCGGACCUCUCAAAGAUUAGUUCUCUCACCCGCUGCCAAACUGUAGGGUCUAAUCGAAGACAACAAUUACCCCUGAUGGAGCUGUACGAAGAGGGUCAGGAUGAAGACGACGACGAGCACCAGUACAGUGACCACAUGCCCCAAAACUCCCAGAACCUACGGUUGUGUUCUGAGCUCCGAGAGUCCCAGGACAAUGAGCUGCACAUUCACGCCGUACACGGCGAGCACCUGCGCAUGACAGACCAUCACACGGUGGUAACGGUGGAUCACGAGGGCGAGGACAAAAUGCUUGUCUUCACCAGUCGACCUCUGGAGUGCUCGGAGAGCGUCUUUCUGAUGCUGCAUACUGUCGAACAGGCCUCGCUAAUAUACGGCGUGACAGCCUGUGACCCGGCCACACUGAAUUCCAGAGAUUUGCCCAACGACCCGACAUUGCUGCUGGGCCACGGGGAAUUCCGGGCUGUUGGCCUCGAGGCUGUGCCGCUGCUGGACGAAGACAUCUUGGGCUUUGAGGUGAACGCUGAAGGCGAGCUGAUCAUGAGCAUAAAUGGUGUAAACCAUGGGGUGCAGUUAUGCGUGGACAACUCCAGACCGCUCUGGAUGGUCUUCGCUCCCUCAAAAAACAUCACGCAACUCAAGAUUUUUGGUCUAUCUUCGCACUCUGAUGUCCAAGGCCUAGGGAGAUCACCCUCAUUCGCAACUACACCCACAGAGCCCAACGUGAUCCACAUCAGACACCUCAACUCCAGCCAGCCUUCCCCCGGAGCAGGCCCAGCUAGGACCGUUGAGAACCUUGUCCAGUUGCUAAAUACCCCCUCGUCUACUCAAGCCAACGUUGCCAACGUCACUUCAUAUAAUGAAAGACAACUGCGCCUUAGUUCUUCUUCCCACACAGAAACGGAGAAGAGUGCAUUGGCUUCCAGCCCGAGCUCUCCCAGUGCACUGCCGGCCACUGACGAUUGCGCCAUUUGCUGCGACGACACGGCCGACACGGCGCUGUACAACUGCGGACACCUGUGCCUGUGCUACAAAUGUGCCCUCAGGCUCAAGCAAGAUAAGGCGACGUGUCCCAUCUGUAGGAAGCCCAUCAAAGACAUUAUCAAGACCUACCGGGGCUCGUAGGACCCGUCUUUCCUCAGCGGACUCCGUCAUUGAAUUGUCAAGCUCAACUCAGGUUUUUCUGGAAGUAGUCAAGUUCAAGACUACUUGCGCUUUUGUCCAAGGAAUGUAAACCAAGUGUUGAUUACUAGAGAAGUUCUAAUUUCUCAAUGGGCAUAUGGGUGAUUUAAAAGAGGAGGAUUGAAGCAAAGUUGCCGCAUGAAAAGAAUGAAAAUUAAAUUUCCUCCUUUGUUCUUUGUUUCUUGAGUUUUAUGUGGCAUUGGACAGUGAGUUUGUUCAAUGUGGCCAGAUGAGGCAAACUUGGUGAAAAACGUUUGACACAAGAGCCUGUGGUAGUUGAUGAAGUCAAGGUGAAGUAGUUAAGACUUUUUCAUAAUCAAACAUGUUUUAUAUUGGUGUUCAGGGAUUUUGGCUAGAGAAAAAGGCAAAAGGAAAUUUCAACCAAAAGACUAAUACUUGACCCUUCAUAAAAUAAGCACAUUACACAAUGAAGAAAUACUCAAUUUAAAUACGCACAGAAUAUACAUUUUUCCAAACCAAAUUUGAAAAUGGUUGAACUACUUCCUGUUUUCAUUCUUUUUUGGUCACAUUUACAGCCUUCCAGUGGUCAAUGUUGAAAUUACACACAAAAUAAACGCAAGGCAGUGGAAAAUAGGGUAACAAACUAUACCACCAAAAAAAUGAGCAAUAUAAUGGACACGUAAACACGAAACCUGCAAUGGAGGGAGUUAAAUGCGUUCCUCCAUUGUCGUAGCUGUGAAAAAAUUCUAGCAAUAUAUACUUGAUACUUAAUGCUUAUGUAAAUCAUAAUUUUAUUUUGGAUUCCAGUAAUGUGUUUUGUCCUUAAAAUAAAUAAGUCGUACAAAAAUAGUUUGCUAAUAAACGUUUAUUUUCACGUUUUCUUAUAGUAAUAUUUCAUCCUCAUGGCCAUAAAAUAUAUAAAAUGUUUACAUAACUUCUGAUUUUCUUUGGAUAAAAUAAUGACGUUCAAUUUUAUUAAUUUUUUUUUAAUUAUUCUAUUUUUCUCAUGAAAGUGGGAUUUGAUGACUUUUGUUUGUGAAUUAUUUUAUUUUUUCAACGUUGAUUUUUUUUUUUUUUUUUGUAAAGGAUAUUUUUCCCUAAUGUUAUAAUUUUACUUUUUAAAUUUUUUUUUUUACAUUUUCUUUCUCGCAACAUUCCCACUUUUUUCAGCGUUUCAGUUUUUGAUUAGCAUUAGAGCUAGGUUAUUGUAAAAAUUUGGAUUUUUCAAAUGUUAUAUUAGGAACUUUUAAAAAUACUGUAUCGUCAUAAUUACAUGAAUAAUUCAUCACAAUUCUGUGACUUUAAUUUUCUUUCCAAUGUGGCCAUGAACUCUUUUCACAUCGAAUUAGUCUGUUGUUCAAGGCUAGUAUGACUUAUGUGCAACUUUUUUUGCUACUUUUUGUUUAAAAUGGCACUGAACAACUUUUUUGUUGUUAUUUUUUAAAGAAAACAUGUGACUGCCAAUAAACGCUGCGACAAUAAGCCGGAUAAAAGCUUCGUAAGGGUAAGAACUAAUGAGGUGACAUGCGUUUCCUCCUCACUUGAGAUGCAAUAAGAGAGAGUCGAGGACACAAACGCAAGUGGAGUAAGGUCACCUUGCUGCCAUUUGAAAACAAGUGCUCUCGCACGUACGAUUUCCUGUAAUCAGAUAAUAACAAAAAAGACAAUCAUGUUUUCUUUAAGUAGCUUUUAAAGGAUGACAAGUGGACAUUUUCUUGAUUGUCGGGAGGAUGAGGCGGACAAAAGCAAUAAGCGACAGAUGGCUUUGUUUACUUAACUACAAAGCUUGAAAAUUUGAGAGCUCCGGUGGGUUAACUUCAACAUUGCAUGUUGCAGGGGCAUGAGUUUACAUUUGGUUGCUGCUGUUGCCAACUGGCUUACAUCGAAGUGGUUUAAAUGCAGAAGUCUAUCAGUAUUUUCAGGAAACAUUGUGAAUCACUUGCACGUAUACUGACAUAACAUUGCAAUAACAUUAAAGGAAUACAAAUGGUGUUACUAGUUCAAAUGCAAAAAUACUACAUUUAAAUUUAAAAAAAAAAAAUUUGAACAAAGUUCAAUUACCGGGAUUUGAAAAAAAUCACAAGACCUUGAAUGAAUUAAUAAAUUCAAAAGUGCGUUGAUGAGUCAAGUAGAAAUUGUAACAUUUGAAAAAUAAGUUUCUAAUUUAAUUAUGUACAAAUAGUACUUUUUUUUCUUUUUCCUUUUUACCAAUUAUGGAUUUUAAACAAAACACAAAUUACUGUACAUUAGUUGCACGGAGAACUACAGUGGGCUAACCCCAUUUCACUUUUUCGGGGGGAGGUCAAGAGACUAGUUAGAGAUUGAUUUAAUCUUCUAUAAAUGCAAACCACUAAAAGUGUAGUGCAAUAAUGGUCUAAAUCCACCUUUUAAAAUGUAAUUGAAUAAAAUAAAACACAAAAGUUACACUGAAGUCAAAAUAAGUGGGGUAGGGGGUGCGAUCUAAUCACAUGAAAAACAUUUUUUGAAAAUACAUGAGAAAUGAGUAUUGAAAAUUAUUUCCAAAUUGAGUACCCCAAAACUGUAAAGAGUUAACAGCAUAGUGCACAAGUCACAGAUUCAUGGCUAGUUUACUACUAAAUGUUUUGUGCAAUAGCAAUAACAGUUUAAACAUUUGUAAAAUCUGCUAAUAUUUCAUGAACAAUUCUAAAUAACAUUUGCAAGAAAAAGGAGAGUGCAAUGCAAUAAUGGCCUGCUAACCUUUGUGUCAUAAUUUGAAGUGAACCAGGAUUGUGGUUUUAGACCACGCUGGCUUUUCGUUCGCUAAUUUAAUAGUGGAGAAAAAAAACAUUGAGAGGGCGGAGGUUGUACUAAUAUCAUUAUUACUGUGCUUUAAUAAAAGUAAGGUAAUCCUUUCAUGUUUCCCAGGGUUUUUUUUUUUUUUUUUUUUUUUUUUCAAUUUAA